AACCUGGUAUGGCAUUCUCCUCUCACCAAAAAAAUGUAUUGGUUAUUUUGUGUCUGUGUGGUGUUGAAGGGCACUUGUAGCUAUUGGCACAGCAGCUGUGUCGAGCUCUGAGAUGAGUAACAGUGGAAGUGAAGGGGAAAGGAGUGAAUAUUUUACACACAUACAUGGACCAGCUAUGACAUCUUCUCUACCAGUCACAAACUCUCCAGCAUAGGUGGAAGAGAAAUGGAGGGAGAGGAAUGCGAGGAGGAAGAGCAGGAGGUGCAGGACAGCCCUGAUUCAGCUCCAUUGGAAACAUCUUGUCAGAGCAUGCAGGAGCUUAGGCUGGAUGAACAUAAGCUGUUGAAGGAGGAAGAACUGGUUGAGGUUAAGGAGGAAGAAAACAUUGAGGGAGAAGACGGAGACUCUAGAUCUCCACAGGCUUUCCAAGUUUCUGCAGUGCAUGCAGAAGGAUCACAGUCUGAUUCAGGUGAAGGAGGUUAUGUUCUUUCAGCAUACCAGAGGACUUUGAGCCGGAAAAAGAGUCUGAGGAGGGGGGUGGAGCUUCUGAGUUAUGUUAACAUUAACCCUACACUUUGUGACUGUUUGCUGGAGAAGUCUGAAUACAAGGAAGUAGAGAAACUGAAAUCUUUAGCAGACCUCUUUAGCAGGACUUUCAUCAGAAUGCAAGCCUGCCAUGAGGUGCUGUUUCCAGGUCAGCCUCCUGUGGUUAAGAAAGGACAGAUGGAGCCCAUAGACAUUACUGUUGCCUCCAGGGGCUCCAAUAAAAGAUCGGUAUCAGAUCCCAUGGAAAUAUGUACAAGGUCUUGACAAAGGUACCAAACCAGGCAAGAAGAAAUGGCAGACAAAACCUCAACACAAGAGCCAUAUGUUGCUGUAAUAUUUCAAAUAAUGUCUAGCCUAACCAUAACAUAAUUUCUGCAAUAAAAUAAAUCUGAUUUCAUUCUGAGCAA